UCAAGAGCACGCCUCGUCCUCUGCGUCUGUUACCUGCCUGCCCCGCCGCGGUAACUAAACACGAUCGCUUCUCUCUCUAUGCAAAUUCUGUGAGACUCGAACUCCGGAACACACAUUUUCAAGUCUGUUACUCGAACCAAACUUGAGUGAGACAAUUCAGUCUUACCAAUCUUUUAUAUUACAUAUGCAACAACAUUUAUAAUAUAUUUAUUUAUAUACAUCACCAAAAUCCAUCACAGCCAUGGGCAUCUUUGAUUGGGAAGGCGAAUCUGUCGUUUCGGGCUCGACACGUAGGUCGCGUUCUGCCCAUGCCAGAAUGCCCAAGUCGCGGGACUCCUCUCGCUCCCGCCGCAGCAGCAAGCGCCAAUCAGGUAUAUCGUCCUUCUUCGGCUCGGACAGUCACGCCAACGGUCACGGUCACAGCAGCGGCAGUCACUACAACAAGGCAAAUUCUUCGCGGGGCUCCUUGUUCGGUCUGGGUAACAACAGCACUCGGAGUUUCUUCAGCUUCGGCCGUUCCAACUCCUAUUACCGCCGACAGCCGCGCUCAUCCUUCCUGCAGCGCACCCUCAAGAAGCUGAAGCGCCUCUUACGCGACCUCAUGUACUACGCCAAGCGCCACCCCCUUAAGGUCUUCAUGCUAGUCAUCAUGCCGCUCAUCACCGGCGGUGCCCUGACCGCCCUGCUUGCCCGCUUUGGCCUGCGCCUGCCACCCUCCAUUGAACGUAUGCUCGGUGUUGCUGCACGUGCCGGCUCCGGAGAUAGCAUCGGUCUUAUGAACGAGGCCGUUCGUAUGGCCGGUGGCCUCGGCCACAAUGAGUCCCUCUCCGUAGAGAGGGGCCGCGAUGGUGAUUACCAGUGGGAACGCAGGAGCGAAUAUCAUAGAGAGAGCCAUGGCGGCGGCGGCGGCUUCCUCGACGGCAUUCGUGAUUUCUUUUCAUAAUUUACUUACCUUCCC